GGACAUUAGGAAGAUGGCGGCUGCCCAGCUUUACUGUGUCUGCCGGCAGCCCUACGAUUUUAGCCUGUUUAUGAUCGAAUGCGACAUUUGUAAGGACUGGUUCCACGGCAGUUGUGUUCAGAUAUUGGAGCACUAUGCUGCUGAUAUCGAUGUUUAUCACUGUCCCAACUGUGAACCCAUCCAUGGACCCUCCCUGAUGAAAAAGCGUAAUAACUGGCACAGGCAUGACUACACAGAGCCAGAUGAUGGCACGCGCCCGGUGCAAGCGGGUACUGCUGUGUUUGUACAGGAAAUCCAGGCCAAGAGCUUCGCCAGUGGCGAUGAGGUUCUGGUGAGGAUGCAGGGCAGUCAGGUGACCCAGCAUUACCUGGAGAGUGAAGGCUUCCAUUACCCCAUAUUGGUGCCUGAACUAGAUGGACUGGGGCUCAAACUCCCUCCCUCUUCUUUCUCAGUCAGAGAUGUGGAACACCACGUGGGUUCAGAUAAAGUUAUCGAUGUAAUCGAUGUCGCAAGACAAGCAGACAGCAAGCUGAAGCUGGGAGAGUUUGUGAAAUAUUACUAUCUACCCAGACGGCCCAAAGUGUUGAAUGUUAUCAGCCUGGAGUUUUCAGAUACAAAGAUGUCUGAUUUGGUUGUGGUUCCUGAGAUAGCGCAGAAGAUGUCUUGGGUGGAAAAUUACUGGCCAGAUGACUCGUUCUUCCCCAAACCGUUUGUGCAGAAGUACUGUCUCAUGGGGAUGAAAAACAGUUAUACAGAUUUCCACAUCGACUUUGGAGGAACCUCAGUGUGGUACCAUGUUCUCUGGGGUGAGAAGAUUUUUUACUUGAUUAAGCCGACGAAGGCUAACCUUGCACUAUAUGAAUCAUGGAGCUCAUCGCCCAAUCAAAGCGAAGUAUUCUUUGGAGAUAAAGUCGACAAGUGUUACAAAUGCUUGGUGAAGCAAGGGUCUACCAUCCUCCUCCCCACUGGUUGGAUCCAUGCAGUGCUCACCUCUCAGGACUCCAUGGCAUUUGGGGGGAACUUUUUGCAUAAUUUAAACAUAGGAAUGCAGCUGAGGUGUUAUGAGAUGGAACGCAGACUAAAAACUCCAGAUCUCUUUAAGUUCCCGUAUUUUGAGGCCAUUUGCUGGUAUGUGGGCAAAAACCUUCUGGAGACCCUUAAAGAGCUGCGGGAUGAUGAAUGCCAACCUCAGGGUUUUCUGGUGGAGGGGGUGAAAGCUUUAAUCUCAUCACUAAGGACAUGGCUGAGGAGAGAGUUGACUCAACCUAACAGUGAGGUUCCAGAUAAUAUUAGGCCAACCCAUCUCAUUAAAGCUCUGACCAAGGAGAUCCGCCACCUAGAGGAGGAUCCAAAUAAAUGUGUAAAAUCUCAGGGAAGUGCUGAGUGCACUUUACCAAGCACCUCACUGGAGAAGGGAUUUCAGGCACGGCGGCGAUUGCGAGAACAUCAACGCCAACACCACCACCACCACCAUCAUCAUAACUAUAGCAGCCGUAAACUGCCCUCUAAUCUGGACAUUCUGGAGUUGCACACGCUGGAGGUGCUGAAGAGACUCGAGGUUGGGCCACUGGAGGAGGAUCCAGCCUUCAGCUCCAAAGUGAAUGGGAAAUUCAAGAAAGUUUCUUCAGCGUGUGAAAUAGGUGCUGAGGCUAGUAAUGACAACGCCCUGCGCCUGGUAAUGUGUAAUGGCAUAAUCAUGCGAGAGAGGCUAACUAAUGGAGCAGUUCAACUUAACAGAGUGGAAAUUUCCCAAUGCCAUCAAGAUGAGUUGGAGUUGGAAAGAUUGUCCAUAUGCCCACAACAAGAAGUGAAGAAAGAAAAGACUGAGGAGGAGUUUGGAGUACACUGCACUAUCAUGAAACCAAUCAAUUAUGGUGUAACUGUGGAGACAGAACUCCGGACGGAAUCAUCACGACAUGCAGCGUCUUUAGACACUGACUCUGAAUCGGAGGCAGAGGGUUCUGCUGAGAAGCGCUCCUCAGAGUCAGAGAGUUCAGAGGAAGAGGAUGGAGGAAACCAGAGAGUCUCAGGGAGUUUUGAGGAGCAUUUGAGCGACCAUGGCCACCAUAAGCAACCACUAAAACGAGAACGUCCUAUCUCGCCAAGCACCAAUGACGCCAUUCAGGGCAUGUUGUCAAUGGCGGGGCUACUGUAUCAGCAGGCGUCAGUAGGCAGCGCUGUUCUACAGCAGCCUUGGUGGUCCAGUCAGGGUAACCGCAACAGCAGCAGUGAUACCUGGGACAUCAGCGAGCCCUGCUCAGCAUCCAACAGCCCACAGGGAGAGGAUGGGAGUCUUGGAGAGGAAUACUCGUACAGGGAGAGCUCACUGUCUCCUCCCCUACACCCCUCGAAAAGACAGGAACCCAACACCACGCCCAUCAGCAACCAGGCCACUAAAGGAAAACGUCCUAAGAAAGGACAGGCGACGGCUAAGCAGAGGCUUGGGAAGAUGCUGAAAAUGAGUUGCCAUAAAGGCCUUUUCCUGUAGCAUGACGGAGGAAAGAAUGACGCCAUGUGUAAUAAAUCAAACACUGCUGCUUUUCUUUAUAGGCUGGGAUUAAUGUCUCACACACACACACACAUUAUCUUACUCGCUCUGCAUGUUUAGGUGACAGGGUGUUUAAUGGCUCUAACUCACUUUUUCCACCAAUCACAUGAAAUACACAUUUUGUCCAUCAGUGCAGGGAGACUGAGUAUUCUUUGCAAAACAAAACAUGAACUGCCAAAAUUUGAAAAGGAAGCACAGGAAAUCUUGUACGUUGAAUUUAGCCACGGUAAGAGAUGCUUGCCGAAGUUUUUUUUUUUUCGUUUCCACUGCCAGGAAAUUGAUCUACAAGCGAGUAUCACAGGAGGAGGCCUUUUUCUACCCUACCUCCAAACACAUCUGUAGCAUGAGUGUGAAGGCUAAGGGUGUCUUCCUAUUCCUCUACAUCCUGACAAUGGAACUGUUGCAUAGAUCGUUGGAUUCGUGAUUGCCCUUAAAGGGAUAGUUUAUUCAAUAAAGAUUUUUGUAAUUUGAUCACCCUUUUGUAGUUCCAAAUUGUUGAACUCCCCUUUUGUGUCCUCAAAAGAAAGUAAUACGGGUUUGGAAUGACAUGAGGGUGAAUAAAUGAUGGCAAAUCCAUUUUUGUGUGAACUAUCCAUUAAGGCAUUAUCAUAUUCACCUGUUUCCUUCCCCUUUGAUUGUCUCAGGCGGGGGAGGGCGUUUAAAUGGUGCUGAACAUUUGUAUAUACUUCACUAACCCUCUCUGCCUCUUUAAGCAAUAAUUGUACUGCUUGAGUGAUGAUGAUUUGAUGAUUUACUGGGCUGCACUUUUAGGAUGCAAAAUCCUCUCUUUGUGUGUAUUGAAAGCAUGGCCACAACCAGCCAGCCAUUAAAUAUAAAAGGGUGUACAUUCUUUAUAGCUAUAUCGUUUUCCCUUGAUUUGACAGAAUUUUUCUUUAUUCCUUAGUGGACUUAAAUAGACUAGUUAAAGGAAUAUACUGGGUUCAAUUCAAAUGAAGCUUCAUUUAGACUAUUUUUGGUAGGAAUUAAUGAGGCUAGCGAGGGAUAGACUUGCCAUACACUGUAUAAACCUACUAGAUCACAUUUGAUUUUCCACAACUCAACUUGCUUUGUAUUCUGAAUUGUUUUUGGAAAGGAGUGCAUAAUGUUAAAUUUCCGGAAUGAUCCAAAACACUUUAAACAACAAUACAACCCAGUGAAAAGACUGCUAGUAUAUCCCUAACAGCUUUGUUUUUAUUCCCGUCAGAAACUAAAGAUGGCGCCACUAUAAGGUCAAUAGACAGCAUCUGAAAAUAAUUUUGAAUGGCUCUUAACUUUGUAAGAACUAAACAAAAACAACUAAACAUGUUGACAGAAAUUAAUGCAUAAUGGAAUCUAGGGGAAAUCAUAAAUUCGGACACGGACUGCCGUUGGAAGUGCGUUUCUGGUAGUGAGUUUGUUUUCUUCAAAUGUGGUACCAAUCGCAAUUCAUUUCUGUGGUAAUCUACAGCAUGCCAAAGAUGCUGUCAUUAGACCAUUCCUUUAAGAGGGGGUAUAUAUAUAUAUAUAUAUAUAUAUGGCCUUCAGGUGUCGACAACAAGCAAGUUAAAUAGUCACCAUGUUUGAAACUUAUAUUCGUUUCAAAUAUAGUGACUAUUUAACUUGCCUGUUGUCGACACCUGGUGGCCGUAGAGAGGUAUUGCAUCCUGAAGUAUUACCUGUGAAAUACUGUGUGUGAUGUCGUUUGCUUGACUGAAUAUGCUGUCAUGUGCUCAGCCUGCAUAAUUUAUGUUGUUCUGUUUAGUUUGUUGCUAAUGUCAUAUUUUUGUUGACUGGAUAACUUAUUAAUCUCAAAGAUAUGAAUAAGGAGUUAUAGCGCAUUCUGAGGUUCCUGUUUUUCUUUGCAUUGAUUUAUUUCUGUAAAUACGAGUAUAAUUUUGAAUGUUAUCAAUUUGAGGAAUUGGGUUUUGUUUGGGUUCGGCUUUACAUAUAUUUUUUUUUAAUAACACAAUUAAUGCUACUUUAAUAACAUAAUUAGAUUUGUUUUAAUUUGAUUUCCUGUCAAAUUUACCUUUUGAAAUGUUAGUGGAAAAUUCCUUUCAUUUUGAACGUGUUCCUUUAUUAUGUGUGAGGUUUUUUGACAGAGGAAGAAAAGUGUUUCUGUGGGAAAAACAUUUAGUGGUGCUUUUGUGGGAAAUGCGGAGAGGCUGCGAUUCUCUUUCUCAGGGAACAUCUGAUAAGUGACAUCUUUGAAUCCAUCACCAGCAAUGUCAUACAAUCCCUCAAUGAUGUGUGUUUAUUUCCAUAAACAUGCCAAUCGUGCAUAUACGAUUUUGAUACACUCCCACUUAUUUUUGUCUAAUUGGUCUAAAUCCCAAACUACUACAAAUUUGGGUUCCUACAGUAUAUUGAAUACAAAUGUGAGACUUUGUGAAUAGAAUAGAACCAACAGAUUUCAAUCAGCUAUUAAGGACUGUGUUGUAAGAGGUGUGUUAGAUGAAAAAGGAAUUGCACUAUUUUGGAUCUGCAGGACUUGAGUUUGAUAACUACUGAAUCUCAGGCUUUGAUACAGUUUGAGUUUGUCAUAUGCAUGUGUUUGAGGUGUCUGGCAGAAUGUUCCUUUGUUUAGUCCUACUCAUUAACGUGAAUGACACCUAUACUAUUUCAGCUCUGUAUUUCUGAAAGCAAAAAGCUCAUCUUAAUCAAAUUUGACUGAAGGAGCUGGUCUUCAAACAGGUUUCCUUUGCUUUUGAUGCAUUAAUUGUACAGUAUUUAUUAUGCUCCAAUUAUUUUCCAUUUUUACCUGUGGUAUAAGCUUGAUGUCACUGUAUUUUUAAAUGCUGUGU